AGCACCCACGGCAAUCAUGAGCAGCUCCGGGCAGGUACCACCUACAAAAAGGAAACAAACAGAUACUUACAAAAAUUGGAUGAAAAGAAAUGAUGGAAGCUUAAAGUCAUCAGGUACAGCUUUCAUUAGAAAGCUUGUGAAGACUUGGAGAGAACACCAGGAUAAACAUCACAAAAUAAACAUUUAUAUGAAUAAGUUGCUUCAUAGCAUCUUUUUCUUAGGUCACAUUCAUAAGGCCCGUCUUCCUCCAACUGCCUUCUUUGAGUCUCAAGAGGUGAUGUACGAUUUAAAAAGAAGAUUUCCACAGGCAUUCAAUAAUUACAAGUGUCCACCCCACCAGACUCCAUUUUCCAUUCUUCUGGAUUUGGCUGUCAGGAUUUGUCGAUGUGAAGGGGAAGAGGAAAGGGGAAUAAAAACAUUUCUUCUAAGUUUCCUGGAAGCAUUGAAAUUGCCCCCCAAAAUAAAAGGCGAGAGUAACUACACAAACUACUACACUCUGGAGGCUACUGUCAUUGCUGUGUGCUACAACGAAACCCCUGGAGCCCUCAGACCAGAGAAGUACUAUGGAGCAUCCCUGUCCUGUAGAGGGGAGAGAGAAAAGAACAUUGUGAUCAAUUGGUCAUGUCUAAAAGUGUGGCAUGACUAUGUGUCUUAUGCAGUGUUGUCAUUCAGACAUGAUGAACAGGGAAACGGUAUCAGAUUCCCUGUCUCUGUAAAAUGCAGAGCAUUCUACAGGAAUCACCAGACCAAUUGUUAUGAAGACCGAAGGCCGUGCAAGAACUGUGGGGAUCUUUUCUCUCUCUCAAACCCUGAGACAGACAGAAAUGACUUUCCCUACGGAAACUGUGCCGAAACGGAGUGCCUGAGUAAACUUAUUUUCAAUGAUCAGGAUGUCCGGAGCAAUAUGAUUUUGGGAAUCUACUGCACAAGGGAAACCCUAAAAGGUCUUAGAGAAAAGGCAGGAAUAGCUUUGGAACAUGGUCUUAAGGCAUAGGUCUACUUAGCACCUCUGAACAGUGUGCCUUUGGCCGUCAUUUUCAAACCAAGUCCAAACUGUGACUGUGUAAACUUCUAUUAUGUGAUCAGGAUGUCUGCAGCAAUAUGAGUUUUGGAGACUACACAAGAGAAAAUGUCUUAGAAAUAUGGUAGAAAACGCUUUUGAACAUUUAGGUUUUGUUUCACACAGGUUUUAUACAUGGUGUUUUUACUGUGUUUGACUUGGAAGUUUCCUCUGCCUCAACUAUAGGGGGGAGGGUUUUGUUUUUAACCCUCUUUCUCUGUGGUUACAAACUAAGGCGCUGCUGUUGGCUCUCUGCAGAACCCAAUAACAAUUGUCAACGCCCUCAUGUUCUCUCCACUGUUGCACAGAGGAAACCUCAGAGCAGCCUCACAUCCUGUUGCGAAACCAUGUAAUAACAACCGCCACUCUGAAAAACUGCCAGCAGUAUGAUGAGAAAAGUUUCCAAGUGUCACAAUACACAUCUGACUAGAAUUUGUUUAUAAGGUUACAUUUUAAGAUAAAAUGCUACAAAUUACAACUGGAAUUGUAAAACAUAAGUGGGGAUGAGUGAUAAAAGGCUGUGUUUGUGUUUGUUAUGUAAAUGUACUCUGACCUAGAGGUCCAUAUGAGGGAAUUUAUCUUUUUUGACUCAUCAUAUGAAUGUACCAAUAUCCUGUGAUGUACUGUAAUCUCUUUCUAAGACCAAAUAAUAGCAGCCUCCACUCUGAAAAACAAAGGCAUCCCGAAAAUCGGUCUUCUCACAAAAUCGCAUGCAGCGUCUGAACGGGUUGACCUACAAACUUUUAUGACCCCUCUCUGGAAAGAUGAGACUCUCAAGAACAUGAUGGUGUUUGAAUAGCACUUGCGAAGUUUGAAUAGCACUUGCAAACAAUUGCAACCAGUACAUUUAGCAGGUGAUCUACCAAAAAACUAAAAUGCUAAAUACUCCAGCCACAUUAAAAUACUACAGACAACCUGUUUUCUUCACGACUAUAUCUUGCUGGGUAAACUUAAAAGAAGAGAUAUCAAGUUCAAGUUCCGAGUUUAACUUCAUUAUUCCAUACUGAAAUUUGGUUUGGAUGAUGAACACGAAUUAAAAAAAAUAUACACACUGUAAAAACAAUAAUUAAAGUAAUGAAUAUGCAUGUGAUCACAUGAUUACUCUCCAGAAAUACAUUCUUGUCCUCAUAGGUACUCUUGCAUAUUGAAUGCAUAUCUGACAUUUUAUAUGAUUUGUAUUUAAACAUUUUUAAAAAAUGGUUGGAUUUUCUUCUGGAAGAAGCACAGCUGUGGUGGAACAAUACAUUUUAGUUUAUCGUAGAGCUUAAUUAACAGACCUUUGUCAGGUGCUGGCCCUGCAGAUUUUAACAUUUGACUUCCCCCUGAAACUGCAAAAACAAUUGUGAUCUUUGCUCACUCAACUGUGACUAAGGUAACUGUGCUAAAGUCACAAUGCCUAGGCAAAUGGUUAGGAAUUACAGCUUGGACUUCAAACAAGAAAAAUAUUACCUGUAAUAGCAGACAUAGAAAACAUCAACCAUGGGAAUUGAUUGUGAAAUCGUUUUACUUUUUGGUUUAGUCUUUUUUAUUACUGUAAUAAGCUAUCAACUUUUCCAUUAUCAAAUACCCUGCCAUGUGUUUUGUGUAACAGUGGAAAUUGUAUGCACAUUUCUGAUGUAACAUGAAGUUGGAGCUGCAACGUGGUCCCAGAGCAUUUAGAAAUAUUCUUUGCGUAAAUCCUAGACACUCCAUUUAGUAUGAUAUGUUACGUUUCGUAUGGUAUUUAUUAAUUUGUUGAUGUCCAUCACCCAUUUCAUGUUAUAUGUUAUG